AUGUCCAACUCGUCUCCAGACUCCUCCCUUGUCGCCUCGGAACCUCUACAUGAUCCGUCCUCGCCUGCUCGACACGACUCCUCCGUGCUUUCCCAGGAUGUGCCGCACGCCGCCCACUCGUUCGACUCGGAACCGGCCAUGGAGAAGCACCCCAAGGGCAAGCGGAAGCGUACCGCUGCCAAGGACAAGGUCAUUCUUGAGGAAGCUUACAAGUCGAACCCAAAACCCGACAAGCAAGCGCGUCUUGAUAUUGUAAACCGCGUUUCCCUCAACGAGAAGGAAGUUCAAAUUUGGUUCCAAAAUCGUCGCCAAAACGACAGACGAAAGUCGCGUCCGCUCUCGCCCCAAGAACUUGCCGCUCUCCGAUUCAAUGGCCUGCAUCCCGCCGCGACCGACCCCAUGGCCGCUACCGCCAGCGUAGCCAAUGCCGAAGCCCCGGUCCCCGUGUCCGCUCACGUCCCCGCGGAUACCCAGGCCGUCUCACCGCCACACACGUCUCCGAAGCCCGUCCCAUCCACGGCACAAUUGUUUACGGCUACCCCCCGAGCUUCUGGGCCCACAAACCCUCAAUUGCCGGAGACGACUCCUCAAAACCGCGACCUCUCUUCCUCACAGAGCAGCCAGGAUGGGCCGCCUUCGAUCACCCACUCCUUCUCCAGCUCUGUAGGCUAUCUCGCCAACAGAUGGAACAUUGGCAGCUCGUUUUCCACUCCUGCCGGCCAGACCCGCAGUGCUGAUGAUUCUCCGAGACUAUUUGCUCCAUCAUCUUGCGUCUCUGACACAACUCAUAAUGCCAGCCAACGGCAGAGUCAAUCCAACGUCCGACUCUCCUUGUCUCUGGAAGGCAAAGCUGAACUCGUUGACAGCGCGCCUUCCCCAACGCGUCCAUCACCUCAAAAAUACGCUUCCGGUCCCGAAUUUCCCCGCCAGCGCGGCCUAAAGCGAAGCUACAGCGCUCUGCCUACUGUAACUCUCCCUCCGAUUUCGACGCUAACCAGCUUCUUGCCGCCUCGUCUGGCUCGUGGCCGCUCACGGGACGUACAGGCCUGGCAGUCGUGUGCCGAUGCACAAACUCGUGAUGAAUUGACGACUCACGCAGAGCACGAGUCCAACGGCUCUGCCGUGGCCGCGAUCAGCCUGCUGCGCUCCACGAGCGGCGUGCUGCAACCGAGCAACUCGAGGCGCAACACUCCCGUGACUACACCCCGUGACGGACACUACGCCAAAAAGGCCAAGUUUAGCCGGACCAUGUCGAGCGUCGCCCGCCUGGAGCACGUCGGCAAGGAAAACGACGAACCGUUGGUGAAGGGCGAUGGGAAACCCAAGACCAGCCUGCUCGAGUCUCCGACCGACUCGGACAAGGAAAACUGGAGCCCUGAUGAGGACGGGAACGCGGCCGGGGCGGGCUCUCGUCGCCCACCAACCGCCGCAUCGGCUAAGCCUAAGAACCCCCGACGCGUUGGUGCCAGCGUGCUACAGAGCCGCAGCCCCGGACGGCUGGGCAACCGUGCCAACACGGCCCCUUCGCGGCCCCGCGGCAUGAAGGACAGCGUCGACAUCUUCGAGGACGAGGCUACCCGCGUCUCGCGCGACGCCGAUGUCGAGAAGUUUAUGCGCGGGCAGGUGAGCCCCAGCAAGAAGCCCGACAUGGACUGCGUGGCCGGCCUGUUGUCCCUCAGUCAAGGCGCGUGGCGAUAG